AAGAUUUGGAUAGUUUUCAAGCGCGCUUCAUCCAUCUCCCAUCUAUUCUCGGAUAAGCAAUCUAUUACAUGUGAGGUAUCCUUAGAAAAUGGUAUCUAUUUUAUCUACUAUGCUAUUUAUGCUUCGAAUGAGCUAGAGGAAAGAAAUAAGUUCUUACCGUGGUUAGUAAAUGGGGACUUCAACAAGAUUCUUUCUCCUCUCGAAUCUUCAAAUCCAGAUCUCAUAAACUCGACAGAGGCAAUGAGAGAGUUUGAAUUUUCGGACCACACACCAUGCCACAUAAAGUUUCUUACUCCGCCGCCUGCUUUUGGUACGCGGCCAUUUAAGUUCUACAACUUCGUUGCAAAGCUUCCUUCCUUUAUUCAUCGUAUCAGAGAGGUUUGGGAUUCAUCUGGUUUAGUGGCGUCAUCUCUCAAAGAUCUUGGAUUUAAGCUCAAAUCUUUAAAGAAGACUAUCAAGUCUCUAUGUAAAGAAAAAUUCAGCAGUCUCGAACAACGGGUCCAAAUAGCUAUGUCUUCUCUCAAACAACUGCAGCUGGUGGCUUUAAACAACCUUAUACCUUUGAAUGUUGAAAGGGUGCAGUUUGCGAGAGACCAAUGGAUGUUUCUUCGUCUGGCAGAGGAGAGCUUUUUCAGACAAAGAUCACAUAUUAAAUGGAUGGAAGAGGGAGAUUUGGAUACUCGUUACUUCCAUCUAGUCAUGACGGUUAGGAAUUCUUCAAACUCCAUUAAUUAUUUGCGCAAGACUGAUGGGUCAAAAACUUCGUCUCUUCAGGAAGUGCAUCUCUUGGCACAAUGGUAUUAUGAUGGCAUUUUCUCCACGGUUAGAGGAGAGUAUAACCCGUAUCUACAUCUGUAUCUACACAUACUGAUUCAGAUUCUCUGCUCUCAUGCUCAGACACUUCGCAACAAAGCUUUACUUUUUCUCCAAGUUAUUGUUCGAAAUGGAGAAGACACUUUCUUUUUCUUCUGGUGGGAUCCAUGGACACCUUCCGGACAGCUAAUACACUAUCUAGGACCGGAAGAUCUCAGAAAUUUGGGAAUACCAUUGUUCUCUUCAUAUACAAUGCUGGUUGGAAUCUCCCACCAGCUCGAUCUGAACGGCAACUACUUCACGGUCUGGGAAAUAGGAGAGAAGGCUUGCACCUUCUUCAGUUCAAAAGACAUAUGGGACAGUAUUAGACAGAGAAAACCCGAAGUCUCGUGGUUAUCCUUGAUUUGGCACAAAGCGAUGAUUCCAAAACAUGCUAUAACAGGCUUAUAUGUGAAAACUGUUUGUCUCCUUUGUGGUCAAGGUGAUGAAUCUCGUAAUCACUUAUUCUUUGAUUGUGCUUACUCCAAAGAGAUCUGGUUGGGUUUAUUGCACAAAUUGCACUUCACGAUGUUACCGAAUGCAACUCCAUCAAUGGACAUAUCGCUGGCUCUCCUUCAAUUGUGGCAGGGUUGUAUCUAUGAAAUUUGGAAAGAGAGAAAUCCUUGCUACCACAAUGGUGUAACACUCCUCUUAAUCUCGUCCUUCACAGGAUUCUCAAGGUGCUUCACAGGAUUCUCAAGGUGG